UGACACUAUUUAUAGGCCAGGUCAUAUACCUAACAGCAGCAUGGGGCAAGGUGGAGCAUGGGUGCCUGGGAUGAGUAUGCCUCCUUUGGGAUUUGGCGUGGUACCUCAGCAGCCAGGCGGCAUCCUGACACCACCACAGGUUGGAGGUCAGCAAGUGGUGCCUCAGGCUGCCACACACAUAACAAACUGGCACCAACAACAAUUUAUGGCAGCCAAGUCGAUGGCUAUUUCGAGUGCUAUAGGAGUCCAGCCCCUGAGUCAACAGCAACAACAGCAUUUCAACCAACAGGCACAAUUUCAACAGCAACUUCAGUAUCAACAGCAGCAACAGUGGGCUGAAGCUCAGAAGAUGGUUGAGGAACAGAAGAAACUAUAUGAGCAAAUGAUGAAACAAAGACACUUUGAUGAGCAGAAAAUGAGACUCAAGGCAUUCAACACUUCUAAAAAUGUGGGCGUGAGUGCAGAUUCCAUGAUUGAAAAUAUAUUAGGUACCAAAGAAGUUACAAAGAUGAGGUCACCUCAACCGCCAAAGAAGGGUGGAAGUGGUCUCCCUCCCUCUGCUGGAGCAUCAGGACAAAUAUCCCAACUAUCACUGCAUGGAUCUGACACCACUUCUGGUGCAUCAUUCUCCACGACUAGCAUUGACUUGACUGUACAGAUGACUUUUGGAAGAUCAGACAGCUCUUUCAGUGGCCACCCAAGGUUACCCAGUGUACCUUCAGAGAAUUCUACAGAUGUCAGUGGCUGUGUUGGAAACAUUGGCAAUUUUAGCCCACUUGUGGAAAGUGGCAAAUGUUCAGCAAUUACUAAAAAAAGUGAUAGUAAAGGAGUGUGUCUUCCAGGCUGGUUGAGUGAGAGUAACUCUAUACCGGCAGUAUAUCAGCAAGCCGGUGCAUUAGUGGAAGGUAAAGAUGGAUGGGUUGAUACAAGCAGAGCAUAUAUGCUUUUAAUGAAAACUGGUCUGCCUCCUCCUCUCUUGGGAGUGCUGUGGGAAAUGGUCAACCAAACUCAACCUGGACAGCUUCUUGGCCAGGAAUUUACAGUUCUUCUAGCACUUGUUGCUCUUGUACAGAAUGGGAAAUCCAUCACAAGCAGUGAAGUAGUCAGUACUCUGAAGGAACCCAUUUUGCCCAUUAUUGACCAUCCAGCUCUUCUUCCACUUGUCCAGGAUUAUAUUAAGCAAAAGCAGCAACAGCAUUCACAUGCAGAAAAUAAUAAAGAAAAUGCAACAUCAGGAGUGAGCCCAUUACUAGAAACUCAGCAGGUUCCAUCCUUGAGUAAGGAUGAUGAUGAUGAUUUUGAUGAUUUUGUCAGUGGACCUAGUCAGGAUGCAGCAGCAGUAGUAACCUUGCCACAGUGCACAGCCUCUGUAACUCCGAUGCCAAACACUACAGGACAGAAUAAUACCCAGGCUAAGUUAGCAACACCCAUUGUUGUACCUUCUGUCCCAGGCGGAGCCUCACAGCUUGGUCAGAGACUUUCAAUUCCGAGUGUUGAGAAAAUAAAGAGAAUGAAUCUACCUAAAGUUGGAUUUUCUCCUGAACUUUCUCCAAGUACUAGUUUUGAUCAUACUUGUGAUGAUGAGUUCGAUGAUUUCCAGAGUGCAGCUCUUACUAGUGUUGCCUCAUCUACCACAAAUGUGGUCCCAUCUUUCACACAUGUGGCUCAUACUGGCCAGUCGAUUUUCUCAAUUACACACGGCCAUGGCAGCCAGCAUUCUGCUCCAGCACCAUCUAUAGAAUCCUCUACAGUUACCCCAACUUUACUACAACCAGAGAAAACUGGUCAGUCAGAGGACAAAUAUGCUGUAUUCAGGGAGCUGGAAGCUCCUGCAGAAGAGGGACUUCAUAUUUUGCCAUCCAUGUCCCAUGGUGCUGGAACUGCGGAACCUCUUGAUGAAAGCUUUGGAGACUUUUGUAGCAGUGAACCUGUGAGUUUAACAGUCUCCAGCUUUCCCCCAGCUUCCACUCUGACUAAUACAGGGACGAAUAACACCUCACCUGAUAGUUUUGAAGUUUACAGCACUCCUCCAGAAAUGAUAACAGAAAAUAAUGUAGAAAAUUACUUUGAAGCAGAUUUUGGUGGUGCAUUUGCAGCAUCUACUCAGCCUCCAAGUAAUUAUGCAGAUAUUCAUGAGGCCAUGAAACGUGUAGAAAUAGAACAGAAAAGAAAGGAAAUUAAUGAUUGGAGUGAUCCAUUUGGAGAGUUCGAGGAGCCACCGAACGUGAGCAGCACCUCGACCACAAGUUCUAUACGAGUUCCACAACUGAGUCUUGAUCUUGGUGAUGAAGAUGAGGACUUUGGUGAUUUUAUGGGUCCUGAUUCAGGCAUUGUUGAUUCUGUUGGUAUCUCCGGCACCCAUCCAUUCCUGAACCUCUCGGAGAAUUUAGGAGAAACUCAUUCUGUUGCCAGUCUUGAGCUUCCUGGCUUAGAGAUGACAGUGGGACUUCAGCCCUCAGAGACCCAUGGGUCAGGCUCCAAUCAGUCUCCUGAUCUCUUUAUACAGCCCAGGAAUGAGAUUGGUGGAGUAGAGGAUCAGCUGCGUAAUCUUUCCUUAGAGACAUCAACAGCAUUUGGGGAAACUUCUGGAAAUGGAAGUGGUGCAUUAACAAGUGGUGUUAGUGUAGGUGUCACUCAGCUACCCGGGUCCGGCUCUGUAUUAGAUGCUUUUGGCGGUGGCUUGGUGGACAAGUAUAGUAUCAUCAGAGAGGAAGCUAGCAAGAAUACUCAUGAUGAAGCUCACACUGGGUCCUGGCAGCGGUGUCUACAGUGCAGUGUCCAACUUUUGCAACAAGCUUAUGAUAUCCUUUCCAGUCUUUCCCAAGCUGAGCUAAAGGCUCAGGUUCUCGCAACCAGUCAGAUGCAAGAGUAUUUAGCCAACCUACAGGAAGUCUGGCAUGUCUGUAAGCGCAUCUCAUCAUCUAGUCAGCAAGUAACUACAAGUGCCAAAGUAGAUGAGUUACUAACUCAAGGCAAGACUCUUUGGGAUGAUAUAUCCAGUUCACUAGAUAACAGCAUUGUUAAGGUUGAAACUCAAGAAGGAGAUAACCAGAUGGGAGAGAGUGAAGUGUGUGGGGUUUGUCUCACAGGAGGGGGAAGCAAACUCACAUAUGGUGGACACUCAUAUCAUCCUCCCUGUGCCAACCUCUGGCUCAACUGUGUUGACUUGCUCUUGCCUUCUUUAACUCCUGUAACUCUGCUCUGAUUAAAAAAGUAAAUUAAUAAGCCACAUGAAAGGUAUGUUUGAAUAAACAGUCUAAGAUUUUUAAGGAAUAUUUGUCUUGCCAAAUUGUUUUUGGCUUGAUUGUAUUCAGGUUAUAUUGUAACUUAAUAUUUUGUAUUAAACAAUAGACUAUUCUAAAUCUCAUUCUAUUUUUCUGAACUGUGUAUUAAUUGUUAAAUAUAAGAAAAUAUGUUCCCUUUUUUCAGCUGCUUCAUCUUAGCUGCAUUGUUGCCGUACCUUCACCAGUAUAUAUCUGUGAUUAAUUGUUUUUGUCUACCUCUUGAGAGGCAAAUAGAUAUAAACACACAGUUAUGUAUACUUUGUGUGACUUCUCUUCCAUGAUAUGCUGUCAGGGUAAUUAUGCAGUCAGUAUUAACUCUACAUUGUUUAUGUUUCAAGUAACUCUCUUCCAUUAAUGAAUAUUUCUUUUAGAUAUAAAGCCAUCCUGAACAGAAUUUAUUAACUAUAGUGUCAUGUACAUGUUUAUUGUUUUCAAUGCUCAUUCCUGGAGGUAUAACAUGGCUGCGUGGUGAGAAGAUUCUACAAGUGAUAUGCUGUUGCUUGUCAUUCAGACGUUUAUGAUUGCCUGCAAGCACAAGCUGUAAAGAUUUUUUAUUCAAGUUAUCCUUAUUCCAUUCUCUUUUAGUUGUGCUUGAAGUGUUCCUGCUCCAUUCCAUUUAGUUUGGUGUAAAAUGUACUUGCCUCAUCUCACUAAUUUACAUUUUAGUAAUUUAUUUACGUUGUAGUAAUUUACUUUAUCCCAUUUCAUUGGGCUUCAAACAUGGUCUUUAAACAGCUAGUGUUGUUAUGCCUUUUAUUAUUUUAUUAGCUAGAAGUGUGACUAUAAAAUAUGGAAAAAUAGUAAAGCAGUAUAUCACUUAAGAGUGCACCAGUUCUUGAUGUGGGCUGUAGUAUGCAAGUAACACAAUUAAAUUGUUAAUUGGAAUUACCAUUUAUUAAUAAAGUGCUGAUUAGUGCUGCAUGACCCAUUCGAGUUUAGCAGUUUCUUGUGACUAUAACAAUAAUAAGGAAGUGCUGUAUAGAGGAAUAAGUGUGUUGAGUAUAUUGGGUAAUAUGCAUGGUAGAAUUAUUAUAAAAAAAGUAAGAAGAACAAGUUGGAUUUAAGGAGGAUAGGGAAUGUGUAGACAGAUGUUUACACUGAAGCAUGUAAAUGAGCAGUAUUUACAUGACAGUAAGGAACUGUUUGUUCUAUUUAUAUUUUUGGAAAAGGCAUAUGAUAGGGUAGGUAGGGAAGCAGUGUGGCAGAAGUUGUAAGUGUAUGGAAUAGGUGGUAGGUCACUGAAAGGUUAAGAGUUUUUAAGAGGAUAGCAAAGCUCAGGUUAGGGCAUGUAGGAGAGGGAGAUUAUUUUUCAGUAAAAGUAGACCUUAGACAGGGAUACAUGAAGUCACCAUGAUUGUUUAACAUAUUUAUAGAUGGGGCUGUAAAAGAAGUGAAUGCUAGGGUGUUAAGGAGAGGUGUGGGAUUAAAAUACAAAGAAUCUAAUACAAAACUGGAGUUGUCACAGUUGUUUUAUGCUAAUGGCAUUAUGCUUUUGGGAGCCUGAAGAGAAGUUGCAAAGGUUGCAGACAAAUCUGUGAGGUGUGUAAAAGAAGGAAAUUAAAAGUGUAAAUAGCAAAGAGCAAGAUGAAGAGGAUAAGCAAUUUAGGUACUGAAAGAUUGGAUAUCAGAUUGGAAGGAGGGAGCACAGAGGAAGUGAAAGUGAACUUAUUGGCAGAUGGGUCUUUGAAAGAAGAGGUGAACCAUGGAGUUGAUGAGAAAAAAAAGGUGGGUGAUGCAUUGAGGAAUCUGUGGAGGCAAAGAAUAUUAACCAUGGCAGCAAAAAGGAAAAUGUAUGAGUAUCAUGGUGCCAACACACUUAAUGGGUGUGAAGCAUGGGUUGUGAAUGUUGUAGUUAGGAUGCUAGAGGCAAAUAAGUGUCGUGUCUGAGGGCAGUGUGUGGUGUAAAUAUUAUGCAGAGAAUUAAUAGCUUGGAGAUUAGGAGGUUUGAGAACUAGAAUUAUUAUCCAGAGGGCUGAUGAGGGGUUGAGGUGGUUUAGACAUUUAGAGAGAAUGGAGAAAAAUAGGAGGGUUUAUAAAUGUGUAGUGGAGGGAAAGUGGGAUAGGAAUCACCCUAGGAAAGAGUGGAGGGAGAGAGUAAAGGAGGGUUUUGUGUGUGAGGGGCUUGGACAUCCAGCAGGCAUGUGUGAGCAUGUUAGAUAGGACUGGAGGCAAAUGGUUUUUGGGACUUGAUGUGCUGUUGGAGUGUGAGCAAGGUAACAUUUUGUGAAGGGAUUCAGGGAAACCUCCUUGCAUCCUGGAGGUCUGAAGUAGUGCCUGCACUCUGAAGGGGGUGAGGAUAUUUGCAGUUUGGAGGGGCAUCUGAACUGUAAUAUUGGUGCACCUCUGCCAAGACAGUGAUAGAAUGAAUGAUGGUGAAAUUGCUUAAUCUUUUUUGGAUCACCCUGCCUCAGUGGGAGAAGGCCAGUAUGUUAAAAAAAAAAAUUGCUGUAUAUGCUAUUGCUGUUCUAAUACAGGUGUAUAUACAAGUUGGGUGGCAUAUUUUGGUGCUACCUCCACAACAUACCACCACAUUACAAUCCUCGAAAACGUGCCACAAACUACAACUUGAGACAUGCCACCAUACACUAUUAGGUAAAAGGCCAAGUGCAUCUAAUGUGACAUUUUAUUGUGGCAAUGUUUCGCUCUUUAGGAGCUUUGUCAAGCAAAACAUUGCCACAAUAAAAUGUCAGUUGCACUUGUGUCCUUUUACCCAACAUAUUGUCAGUAAUUCUACCAACAUUAUUACAUAUCCUUUAACUUUGUCAUCCAUCUCUGAAUGUUCUCAAAUGUAUUUAUAUCCAUUCUGUAGUAUGGCAACCUAAACUGAGGUGUGUAAUCUGAGUGAGGCCUUACUACAGGUGCUAGCAAGUACCAUUUUCUUAUUUGAUUUAGACUGUAAUGAUUUGUCUUAGAGCCUUAUCCUUAGAAUUCUGGCCCUAAUAGAUCUGUACUUGUCAUCAGCAAGACACUAUUCUAGCCUGUUUAUUACUUACAUGGGGAGCGCUAAGCCUGUAAGGGUCAUACAGCACUCGAGCCUAUACUUCUAGAUUGCUAGUAAUGAACAUAAGAACUGAUGCACAACAAUUUUAAAGAUGUAAAGUGUGUGUGUGUGUGCGUGCACACAAGAUCUAGUUGACAGCAUGCAAUAAUUGCCUAAAGGAUUUGAAAAAAAUAUAAAUUUUGCAAGUGCAGUUUUUUGUGACUGAUGAAAGAGUAUGUUGGUAAUUCAUAAUAAAACCCUCCUAUAUUUCAUUCCUCUUAUUUAAUGUAUAACUUAUAAUAAAUUAUAUGAGAAAUGUACAACCAGUACAAAAUAUAUUAAAUUUACACUAGUUCAUGCAACAAGAACAAUAAAAAAUAUAGAUCAUAUAGCACCUCUUCGGAAAUACUAACAUCAUUUGUGAUGAGAGGAGCAAUUUGAACCUUAAUGGUACAACACUUCUAAGUCUCUUCCACAACAUAAAUAAGAUAAAUGUACCAAAACAUACAAGUCUGCCAGUAUGCAAAUUGCUCAUCUCAUUACCUGUCAUUCAAGUCAAAAGACACUUCAAUAUUCAUCACCCUUUAUACAGACAAGGCAGGAAGAACUGUACAUUAAUGUUUCCUGGUUAUGGUGAUACUUACUGACUGGCAGCUUACUUUAUAAAACUUUAUACAUCUCUGUAAACCAUAUUGUGGAUGACUUCAAAUAUUACAAUGGGAAAGCUUUUUAUCUGUCUACAUUGCUUGUUACAUACCUAACCUUCCAUCAAUAUUCGAGGAAAUUUGAUUACAUGUAUUGGCAUUUUCCAUACUUAAAGAGCCAGGAAUCACCUAUUCAUAUAUAAAUUAUGAAUGUAUAUUUAACUAAUUAAAGUGCAAUGAACACUUAUCAAUGCUAACCCAAAGAGAAACUCAAAAUAAAGUUAAGUCUUUAUAUUUAAACUCAACUGGAAGUCAAAACUGAAGAAGAUUCCAGUUGGGGGUUGUAAUAUAAUACCAACUUCAUUAUCCUCGUUUCUAUCUCCAUGUGGGUUAUUAUUGUAUAUGGUUUGUUGAGACAAAAGUUCCUCAAAGUGUGUACAUAUCAGUACUUAUGAAGAAAUUUAUCCUAAAACUUAGAACACUUAAUGUUAUAAAUGCUUGAACUGCACAUAAAGGCACUUAGGUUAGGUUGUGGAUCAAAGAUGCAGUAGUUUGUUGAUACAACAACAGUACAGUAUUGAGGGAAAAAAAAUGCCUCUUAGCUACUCAGUAUUUUAUAAUAUAGAUAAAUAGUUCAGAGAACCAACAAGUUAAUAAAUUAGAAACAUGUGCAACACUUUGGUAUCUUUAUUGAGGAAA